CCACGUGCAACACGGCCGGCCUCUCCGUCGUCAGGCCGGCUCGCUACAUAUGCCCACACGCCGCGGCACACCACAAGCUCAGAGCGAGCUCCUCAUCACUCGAUCCGAGACUACUAGCUCGGAGCUCACCGAGGACGAAGCAGCUAGGAGCUUAGGGCCGAGGUGUAGGGUACAGGGCAGCCAUGCUGCACCUGAACCUGAAGCAGCCUCUGGUGCUGCCGGGGCACCAGGGCAAUGUAGUCGGCGCGCGCCCGGCGCCGUCGUUGCCGUCCAGGAGGGUCGUCGGGGGGUCCUCGUCGUCGUCCCGGCGGCACGGCAUGCCGAGGAUCAGCUGCAGCGCGACGGAGGAGAUCGGCGGCGCCGUGACGGCCGCCACCGUGGAGAAGAUGCUGACGGUGAGGGCCACGGUGGAGGCAUCGACGGCCAUCGGGCGGAUGUACGCCACCCGCGGCCUCGACGACAUCGGCGACCUCCUCGGCAAGUCGCUGCUCCUCGAGCUCGUCAGCUCCGAGGUCGACCCAAAGACGGGUCUGGAGAAGGAGCGUGUGACGGCGUUCGCGCACAAGACGCUGGUGGAGGGCCGCUACGAGGCGGAGUUCAAGGUGCCGGCGUCGUUCGGGCCGGUGGGCGCCGUGCUGGUGGAGAACGAGCACCACAAGGAGACCUUCAUCAAGGAGAUCAGGCUCGUCACCGGCGGCGACGACAGCUCCGCCGUCACCUUCGACUGCAACUCCUGGGUUCACUCCAAGUUCGACAACCCGGAGAAGCGCGUCUUCUUCACCGUCAAGUCGUACCUGCCGUCGGAGACGCCCGAGGGCCUGUCGGAGCUGAGGAAGAAGGAGCUGGAGACGCUGCGCGGCAACGGGCACGGCGAGCGCAAGUCCUUCGAGCGCGUCUACGACUACGACGUGUACAACGACCUCGGCGACCCGGACCGGAACCCGGCCCACCAGCGCCCCGUCCUCGGCGGCAGCGCCGAGUUCCCCUACCCUCGCCGGUGCCGCACCGGCCGCGCCCGGACGCAGCGGGACCCGCUGACGGAGCGGCGGGACGGGCACAACUACGUGCCCCGCGACGAGUGGUUCUCGGAGGUGAAGCAGCUCACGUUCGGCGCCACCACGCUCCGGUCGGGGCUCCACGCGCUGCUCCCCGCGAUCCAGCCGCUGCUCAUCAAGAAGGAGCUCCGGUUCCAACACUUCCCCGCCAUUGACGACCUCUACAGCGACGGCAUCCCCCUCCCGGCCCAGACCGGCUUCGACGCCAUCCGCACCGUCGUCCCCCGCAUGGUCAAGCUGGUCGAGGACACCACCGACCACGUCCUCCGCUUCGAGAUCCCCGAGAUGAUGGGCAGGGACCGGUUCUCGUGGUUCAAGGACGAGGAGUUCGCGAGGCAGACGCUGGCGGGUCUCAACCCGCUGUCCAUCGAGCUGCUCACCGAGUUCCCCAUCAAGAGCAAGCUGGACCCGGCGGUGUACGGCCCGGCGGAGUCGGCCAUCACCAGGGAGAUCCUGGAGAAGCAGAUGAACAACAACCUGAGCGUGGAGGAGGCGCUGGCGGCGAAGCGCCUCUUCAUCCUCGACUACCACGACGUGUUCCUCCCCUACGUGCUCCGCGUCCGCGAGCAGCCCGACACGACACUCUACGGCUCCCGCACCGUCUUCUUCCUCACCGACGCCGGCACCCUCAUGCCGCUGGCCAUCGAGCUCACGCGGCCGCAGUCGCCGACCAAGCCCCAGUGGAAGCGGGUCUUCACCCACGGGCCCGACGCCACCGGCGCCUGGCUCUGGAAGCUCGCCAAGGCCCACGUCCUCACCCACGACACCGGCUACCACCAGCUCGUCAGCCACUGGCUGCGCACCCACUGCUGCGUCGAGCCCUACAUCAUCGCCGCCAACCGGCAGCUCAGCCGCCUCCACCCCGUCUACCGCCUCCUGCACCCGCACUUCCGCUACACCAUGGAGAUCAACGCGCUGGCCAGGGAGAGCCUCAUCAACGCCGACGGCAUCAUCGAGGCGGCGUUCUGGCCGGGGAAGUACUCCGUCGAGCUCAGCUCCGCCGCCUACGCCACGUGGCAGUUCGACACGGAGGCGCUGCCCAACGACCUCGUCCGGCGGGGGCUCGCCGUGCGAAAGGACGACGGCGAGCUGGAGCUCGUCAUCAAGGACUACCCCUACGCCAACGACGGGCUCAUGGUCUGGAACUCCAUCAAGCAGUGGGCGGCGGACUAUGUGAAGAUAUACUACAAGUCGGACGAGGCCGUCGCCGGCGACGCCGAGCUGCAGGCGUUCUGGGAGGAGGUGCGCACGGUGGGGCACGGCGACAAGAAGGACGAGCCGUGGUGGCCCGUGCUCGACGGCCGGGACGCCCUCGUCGAGACGCUCACCACCAUCAUGUGGGUCACGUCGGGGCACCACUCGGCGGUGAACUUCGGGCAGUACCACUACGGCGGCUACUUCCCCAACCGCCCCACCGUGAUCCGGAAGAACAUGCCGGUGGAGGAGGGCCGGGACGACGAGAUGAAGAGGUUCCUGGACCAGCCGGAGGGGACGCUGCUGGACAUGCUCCCAACGCAGAUGCAGGCCAUCACGGUGAUGACCACGCUGGACAUCCUCUCCUCGCACUCGCCCGACGAGGAGUACAUGGGCGACCACGCCGAGCCGGCGUGGCUGGCGGAGCCCAUGGUGAAGGCGGCGUUCGAGAAGUUCGGCGGGAGGAUGAAGGAGAUCGAGGGAUACGUCGACGAGUGCAACAACAACCCAGAGCUCAGGAACCGGUGCGGCGCAGGGGUCGUGCCCUACGAGCUGCUCAAGCCCUUCUCCAAGCCGGGGGUCACCGGGAGGGGCAUCCCCAACAGCAUCUCCAUCUGAUCCAGAUGAUCUUGCAUUGAGCUCCCCAUGCAUCCAGGGGAGAUGAUUGCAUUAUUAUUGCAUGUAGCAGGCGGCUUGUGAAAUAAAAUGUACCACUCUGUACACGACUGUAGUACCUAUUGAUUGUACAUGUGUCACUGCAAGAGAGACGUUUUUUAGUUAAUAUAAAGGGUAGUUAUGCUACUA